CAGAUCAAGAUAGGAUGAAAAUAGACCCAUUACCCCAACGAGGACUAGCUUGUCACUGGCAUUUAAAGUAAAGCAGGGAAGGCAUAAUGCACAUGGAUGCACAUCAAAGCAGCUGAGCCAGAAUUAUGUCAAAAGUGCCAGGAUCCUGUGGAUUGCCAAUCCUUGGUGACAAGUCAAUAGACUUCUACAGGGACCCUGUUCAAUUUGUCACCAAGAACAUACAGCAAAAUAAAAGCCGGGUGUUCUGUGCCAGAUUUCUGAAUGUCCCGACUGUCUUCAUAGGAUGUAAUGAAACAAUUCAAAAACUUCUCACAGAUGGGUCUGAAUACACAGAACUUGGCUAUAAACAAUUCAUGGGUGAAAUAUUUGGAGACAACAUCUUGUUUACCAAUGGAGAAAUGGCUAGAGGUCUUAGGUCAUCUUUAUCACAAUUGUUCUGCAAUGACUCACUGAAUUCCUACCAAGCCACUAUAUCAAGAAUUGUAGAAGACAGAAUCCAUCGAUUAGAAUGUCGGUGUGAGGUUUCCCUUUACUCCUUUAUGAAGUCCCUUUGUACAGAGAUCUGUCUCAGUCUGUUUCUGGGGAUGGACUUCAAAGAUGCAGAAGAGGCUACAAACCAAAUUGUUGGCCUGACCACCACUCACUGGCAUGGUAUCAUCUCUGUCCCUGUGUCAAUCAAACUCCCCCUGACUGGCGGAUCUUCCUUCUGUAAAGCUUUAGAGGCCAAGGAUCACCUGCUAAACAUAAUAAAACAGAAGAAAUGUGGUGAAACCUCUCACUUUCCUGACAAAAUCCAGCGAUGUCCACACGGAGCUCAUGAAGAAUUUGUAGACAAUCAUCUCCUCCUGUUUACUUCAGCUCUGGUUCCCAAGGCCCUGUCCUCAAUAUUGACCUCACUUUUUAUUCAAAUAGGAUCCCUCCAGACAGACAUGCAGAGCAGUCUUGUGGAGGAUGGUGAAUGCUUGGAGGCCAUGUUGUUAGAGGUUCAAAGAAUGUUUCCACCAUUCAUUGGAGGUCGAAGGGUGGCCAAACAAGACUUUACCCUGAAUGGUUUUCAUAUUCCAAAGGGGCAUGCUUUAGUUUACAUGUCUUACCACAGCCACAGGGAUCCUAGAAUCUUCCAGUUCUCAGACCAAUUCAACCCUGACAGGUGGAAGUCAGUCAAUGCAGAAGACAAGGAUCGUAUUUUUUGUUUUGGAGCUGGACCUAGAGGAUGUGUCGGACAGAAGUUGGUUUGGAAUAUUCUCAAGACAAUUGUAAGGGAGCUGAUACAGAAAUACCAUAUUACAGUCAAGGAAGGUCAAGACCUUAGUCAUAAAUGGCUGCCUGUCACUCGACCGAAGUCAGAGGUCAAGGUCAAAUUUUCAGAAAAAACAGGGUCUUAGGUCAUACAAUCACAGGUUAAUUUUGACAAUUAUAUAUAUAUUUUCUAUUUCUUUCCAACGUGUAUGGAUUAAUUUAUGGAGGAUAUAUUUUUGUAGUCAUAUAUAAUAUUGCUAAACAAAAUCCAUAUUGAAUAGUUCCCGUAAUUACCGUAAGAUUGUACAUGUGUAGACACAAAGCCACUAUUAUAUCAUCUUUCUGAUAUGUGUUUAUUUGAAAAUUGAUUUUGUCAAAGUAUAUGGCUUUUUGUCAUAUAUAAAUUAAUGUACUUUAAACAUUGGAAUUGUAAACUUUUGCUAAUAUUGGAUCUGAACAAAAGGUUUUAGUUGUUGUUCAUAUUUAAGCACAGAUUUAGUCAGGCAUUAAACAGUAUUAGCAAUACUCAUGACAAUAAAUUCUGUGAUGUCCCGAUUCUAUAGUACUUAUAUGACCACUGUAAACAGUCAUUUUUUAUGUAAAUGUACUGACAAUAAAUUCUGUGAUGUCCCAGUUCUAUAGUACUUACGACCACUGUAAACAGUCCUUUUUUAUGUAAGUACAUGUACUGACAAUAAAUUCUGUGAUGUCCCAGUUCUAUAGUACUUACGACCACUGUAAACAGUCCUUUUUUAUGUAAGUACAUGUACUGACAAUAAAUUCUGUGAUGUCCCAGUUCUAUAGUACUUACGACCACUGUAAACAGUCCUUUUUUAUGUAAGUACAUGUACUGACAAUAAAUUCUGUGAUGUCCCAGUUAUAUAGUACUUACGACCACUGUAAAACAGUCCUUUUUUAUGUAAGUACAUGUACUGACAAUAAAUUCUGUGAUGUCCCAGUUCUAUAGUACUUACGACCACUGUAAACAGUCCUUUUUUAUGUAAGUACAUGUACUGACAAUAAAUUCUGUGAUGUCCCAGUUCUAUAGUACUUACGACCACUGUAAACAGUCCUUUUUUAUGUAAGUACAUGUACUGACAAUAAAUUCUGUGAUGUCCCAGUUCUAUAGUACUUACGACCACUGUAAACAGUCCUUUUUUAUGUAAGUACAUGUACUGACAAUAAAUUCUGUGAUGUCCCAGUUCUAUAGUACUUACGACCACUGUAAACAGUCCUUUUUUAUGUAAGUACAUGUACUGACAAUAAAUUCUGUGAUGUCCCAGUUCUAUAGUACUUACGACCACUGUAAACAGUCCUUUUUUAUGUAAGUACAUGUACUGACAAUAAAUUCUGUGAUGUCCCAGUUCUAUAGUACUUACGACCACUGUAAACAGUCAUUUUUUAUGUAAGUACAUGUACUGACAAUAAAUUCUGUGAUGUCCCAGUUCUAUAGUACUUAUGACCACUGUAAACAGUCCUUUUUUAUGUAAAUGUACUGAGUAAUGUAUUCAGUGGAAUUGGCCAUGACUUAAGAUUUAUGAAUUUUUUUUUUUUGAAAUGCAAAAUGAUUUUAUACUGUGACUGUUUAAAUCUCAUUACUGUUUAGAUAAAUAACAUUGUAUAUCAUUCCUUCACAUGUAUGUGAUAAUUGUUUGUAUUGUAUUUCAUUCCUUCACAUAUAUUGUGAUAAUAUUUUAGAAUAUUUUACCAUUUCUUCUUACACCACAUUGUAAUCAUUUCUGAAGUCAGAUUUCUAGGUCAGUCCUAUGUGAUAUUACAUGAUAUAUACUUAUUCAUCAUGUUUACUUUGUGGUGAUGAAGUAUGUGAACUGGGUUUUUUUUUUGAUAUGAUAUUUUUACUUGCCGUGUAUAAUCAGUGUUUGAUCUCAUGUAUUGCUGAAUGUCUAUUUCCUGUUGACUAGGGAUUUCUACACUUUGUUGUUUCUUAUCUAUAGCAAAUAAUAAAUAGGAUUUUCUGAAAUAUGUCCUUGAUUUUAUCAGGUUUAAUGUGUUUGACAUUAUAGUUGUGGAAUCUGUGGGAGGGAUAUCAGAUUUCCAGGGUCCUAUAAUGUCAAGUCACUGCAAGUUUAAGCUAUCAUGUUGAGGAGAGUGCCAAACUUUACUAGUACUUAUUUUAGACGUAAAUUUUAGAGAGUUAUUGCUGAAUUAAUAUUUUUAGUGAUAGUCUUAAGCUUGAGGAUACAGAUAUAUUAUUGAAUACUUAGAGCACUACUUUGUUGCAUUACUUUGGAUUGAAAUUCAGCAUAUUGAAUACGAAAAUAAAAUAAAGACUUUGACAUA